GCUUGAGCUGUCACUGUCGAAUUCGGAGCGGAGCAAUACUAAUUGUAGCAAAACUUUGUCGCACCAGCAAUAGAAAAGAUGAUAUCCAGAGCUGCCCUACUCUCAGUCCAGCGCCCUCUGAGCGUGGUCGCUUCACGCUCGGCUGCUGCCGCCGCUGCUCCCAGCGGUGCCGUUGAACGUCGCCAGCGUCCUGAACAUCCCGGCAAGGUGCGCUUGGGUUUCAUUCCAGAGGAAUGGUUCCAGUUCUUCUACAACAAGACUGGUGUCACCGGUCCCUAUACAUUCGGUGUGGGUCUGAUCACCUACUUGUGCUCCAAGGAAAUCUAUGUCAUGGAACACGAAUACUACAGCGGUCUGUCGCUCGGUAUCAUGGCCAUCAUUGCUGUUAAGAAGCUGGGACCUGUUGCCGCCCGCUGGGCUGAUGGUGAAAUCGAUAAAAUCGAAUCAGAAUGGAAAGAGGGCCGUGAGGCUGAACUCAAAGUUCUCGCUGAUGCCAUCGAAGCUGAGAAAAAGGAGCAAUGGCGUGCUGAUGGUGCUUUGCUGCUGAUGGAUGCCAAGAAGGAGAACAUCGCAUUGCAAUUGGAGGCUGCUUUCCGCGAGCGUGCCAUGAAUGUCUACACUGAAGUCAAGCGCCGCUUGGACUACCAGGUGGAAUGCCGUCACGUUGAGCGUCGUCUUAGCCAGAAACACAUGGUCAACUGGAUUGUGUCCAAUGUUCUGUCUAGCAUCUCGCCCCAGCAGGAGAAGGAGACCCUUAACAAAUGCAUUGCCGAUCUGAGCGCCUUGGCUCUGCGCGUUAAGUCCGCCUAAACGACUCGAGUUUUAGUUGUUAAAUUGUAGAUGAAAACCACUGUGAGACGCAAGAUACGAUAAUUAUGUCCUCAAGAUGAUAAAAUCCAGCUAAUAUAUUUCAACUCUGUGUCCGAGAAA